AUGGAGGAACAAUCAUCCAUGUGGCCCACCAUGGUGAUGAUAGUGUCACGAUGUGCCAACUCCCAAGUACUAUCAAUGUAUUGCCAAUGGAAUAUUACUUUAUCUCAAAUAAUUAAUACCACCCUAGCUAAAAUUCUACCCUAUAAAUCUGACGCUGGCCAUUUCUGCUUGAAUUCAUCACUAGAAGCUUUCGGAUUUGCAACAAUGGCCAAGAUAGCGAUCGGCUCAAUCCAGGAGGUGACCAAGCCUGACUGCAUCCAAGCGCUCGUUGUCGAGUUCAUCGCCACCUUUCUCUUCAUCUUUGCUGGUGUUGGAGCUGCCAUGACAACCGAGAAACUGGUGGGAAAUGAGGUGGUUGGGCUAUUUUUCGUGGCAAUGGCUCAUGCAUUAGUGGUGGGGGUGAUGAUCUCCGCUGGCUUCAGAAUCUCCGGUGGCCAUCUAAAUCCGGCAGUCACUCUUGGGCUAUGCGUCGGUGGUCAUAUCACCGUCGUUCGAUCUGUUCUUUACUGGAUUGAUCAGUUGCUUGCUUCAGUUGCUGCUUGUGCUCUCCUGAGUUACCUCACCGGAGGACUGGCAACGCCGGUGCAUACACUUGCUGUCGGAAUGGAUUCAUUACAAGGUGUCAUUAUGGAGAUUGUGUUGACUUUCUCAUUGCUCUUUACUGUUUAUGCUACUCUAGUGGAUCCAAAGAAGGGCUUUCUUGAAGGGCUAGGCCCACUUUUAGUUGGGCUUGUGGUGGGUGCUAACAUCAUGGCUGCAGGUGCUUUCUCUGGUGCAUCUAUGAACCCGGCAAGAUCUUUCGGUCCGGCUCUAGUGUCCGGUGACUGGACCGAUCACUGGGUCUAUUGGGUCGGUCCACUCAUUGGUGGAGGACUCGCUGGAUUCAUGUAUGAAAACUUCUUCAUUGUUAGGACUCAUGUCCCAAUUGUGACCGAUGAAUUUUAGAUUAAGAAGUUUAUUGUGAACGGUGUAACUUCUUUGCCAUUAGUGAAUAAUAAUUGUCUUGGGAUUUUUGUAUUCGAAUCUACAAUGUAUGUUUUAAUGAAA